GGCGAACUCAGCAGGUCGCCAUUGACGCCGGAGCCAGGAGCAGCAGCAGCCCGGAGGCCGAGCCCCCUCGCCCAAACCACAAGAUAAGUGUCAAGCAUGACUGCUGAAUGGAGUGUUGAAAACACUCGGAUUGUGUGCGAGUUGUUCGCCGAGCAAGUGGACGCUGGAAAUAGGCCAUGCAAUUAUUUGACCCCAAAUGCAUUUGAUGAGGUGACAAGACAAUUUAAGAUGAGAACCGGGCUUGACUACACACAUACCCAAUUGAAAAACAAAUGGGACAAGCUUAAAGCUGAUUUCACCUUGUUCAAGAAACUCAAGUUUCGGGAGACCGGAGCCGGAUGGGAUUAUGUGAACAACACCGUGUCACAAGAUGAUGAGUGGUGGAAGAAGGCUAAAAUUGAUAUUAAAGGUUGUGGUAAGUUCAAGAAGAAAGGAGUUGCUAAUGAAGAAAAGUUGCGGGUUAUUUUUGGAGAUAUCACAACUGAUGGUACAAACCAUUGGAAUCCCUCUUCUGGCAUACCUCCCCCCUCUAGUGCGGCAGUGAAAGAAUCCAUCAAUGUUGACGAGAUCGAGGACCUUGAUCUGGAUGAUAUGGAAGAACAAGCAUCUCAGGCAACACCUACUUCAUCUAAAGUGAGGCUUGGAAUCAUCAUUCUAGAAAAGAACAAGAAACCCAAGACCGCACAAGUGAUGUGUGAGCAAGUUACAAGGAUUGGUGACAUUGCCGAGGCUUCUCAUUCGUCAUUUCAGUCUUUCCUAAAGCAAGAUGAGGCAAACUGUGUCACCUCGGUCAUGGACGAAGUCAUUGCUUGUGGUGCAACAGUUGAUACGGAUGAGUUCUUCAUGGCUAGAGAGUUGUUUGUGAAGAGGGCGCAAAGGGAGAUGUUUCUUUACAUGCCUCUUGACUCUCGGAAGGGUUGGUUGCGUAGGAAAUAUGACUUGAAAUGUCAUCGGAUAGUGAAAGUGAUGAUGACACUAAUUAUGAAAGAAAGAAAAUUAUGGUUUUACAAUAUCAACAUGAUAUGGACAUGCGUUGUUCAGGCGUGUCUUCCAUAGUUGGUAAGUAUUGUAAAAGUUGGGUCAUGAAGGCCGAACCUAGGACAUCUAGGUUGACUAGUUUUGAAUGGUUGCAAGAGACUAUUGGCACUCCCGGAGAGACAUACACAAUGUUGAGAAUGAAUGCACAUGUGUUCUUUGAUCUUCAUGACAAGUUGGUGGCAGAGUAUGGCCUCAAAGAAACAUGGAGCAGAUGCGGUCCAUCGAUUAAGCGUGACAAAAGGGCUUUUCCUCACCUCAAAGAUUGCAUUGGUGCAAUAGAUGGGACACAUAUUAGGGCUUCUAUUCCGGAAGGACCUUCAAAAGUAAGGUACAUUGGAAGAACGGGUGCAACAACUCAAAAUGUGAUGGCAGUAUGCGACUUUGAUAUGCAUUUCACCUAUGCUUCAAUUGGACAACCGGGUUCUAUGCAUGACACAAGUGUGCUAUUCCAUGCAAUUGAAAAUGACAAGGCCAUAUUCCCACAUCCUCCCAAGGGCAAAUAUUACCUUGUAGACGCCGGUUAUCCUAACAGAGAUGGCUAUCUAGCACCCUACAAAGGAGAACGCUAUCACGUCCCCGACUUCCAGAGAGGUGCGCCCCCAACUACUCCUGUAGAGAAGUUCAACCGGCUCCACUCUUCCAAGCGCAAUACCAUAGAGAGAACCUUUGGUGUAUGGAAGAUGAAAUGGCAAAUCUUGCUCAAGAUGCCAAACUACUCGAUUGCAACACAAAAGAUGAUUGUUGCGGCUACCAUGACACUACACAACUACGUCCGCCUCCAUGACAAAGAGGAUCUCCACUUUCUUCGGUGUGAGAGGGAUCCGGAUUAUGUUCCAACUAUUCCUGAUAGAUACAAGAAGUAUGCUAUUCCUUCAAAUGCAUCGGAUGCUUCAACAACGGCAGAAAGCGGUCCUAACAUGGAUUUGUUUAGGCAUGAACUAGCUACAGCCAUUGCUCUUAGUUGGUGAAGAAAUCAUGUUCAUGACUUUCUAUGCGUGACCAUAUUGAUUUGCAAACUUAUUGGCAAAUGAAGCUUUUGUGGAAUCAACAAGUUUUUCUGCUAAAUUAUGACUUAUGUUAGCUCCG